UGCGAGCCCUCCCUGUCCCCACAGGUGGCAGAUAUGGAGGAGCUAACCAUCUGGGAACAGCACACGGCCACGCUGUGCAAGGACCCCCGCCGCGGCUUCGGCAUCGCUGUUUCUGGAGGCCACAACCGGGCCAGCGGAUCUGUGCUCGUGUCCGAUGUGAUACCCGGAGGCCCCGCCGAGGGCAGGCUCCAGACUGGGGACCACAUCGUCAUGGUGAAUGGGGUCUCCGUGGAGAAUGUCACCUCUGCCUUCGCCAUCCAGAUUUUGAAGACCUGCACCAAAAUGGCCAACAUUACAGUAAAGCGUCCCCGCAGGGUCCAGCUGCCUGCCACCAAGGCCAGUGCAUCGCCGGGCCACCAGCUCUCAGACCGAGAAGAAGCUGACCACGGCCGUGGCUACGAGGGUGACUCCUCCAGUGGUUCGGGCCGAUCCUGGGGUGAGCGUUCUCGAAGGACCAGGACAGGACGCCGCAGCCGCAUAGGCAGCCAUGGGCGCUGGAGCUCAGGUGGCGGAUCUGAGCCCAACGGACUCGACCUGGUGUCCGGCUACAAGCGCCUGCCGAAGCAAGACAUGCUCAUGAGGCCACUCAAGUCCGUGCUGGUGAAGAGAAGGAACAGCGAAGAGUUUGGAGUGAAGCUGGGCAGUCAGAUCUUCAUAAAACACAUCACAGACUCUGGUCUUGCUGCUCGGAACCGUGGGCUGCAGGAAGGAGACCUUAUCUUGCAAAUCAAUGGGGUGUCCAGUGCAAAUCUGUCCCUGAGUGAUACACGGCAGCUCAUUGAGAAGUCAGAGGGGGAGCUGACACUGCUGGUGCUAAGGGACAGUGCGCAGUUCCUGGUGAACAUCCCUCCUGCAGUGAGUGACAGCGACAGCUCCCUUAUGGAAGACAUCUCAGACCUGACCUCGGAGUUGUCCCAGGCGCCUCCAUCCCACGUCCCUGUACCACCUCUACAGGGUCAGCAGAGCCCUGAGGCGAGCCACACAGACUCCCCAGUGGAGAGCCCCCGGCCCCGGAGGAGGGGACAGUCAGUGGAUUCAAGAGCCAUUGCUGAACCAGAGUUUCCUGGAGAACGCUGCUAUGACAUUUACAAGGUCCCCAGCCGGCAGAGCCUGGAGGACCGUGGCUACAGCCCUGACACCCGUGUUGUGAGAUUCCCCAAGGGUUCGAGCAUUGGCCUGCGGCUGGCCGGUGGCAACGACGUGGGCAUCUUUGUGUCCGGGGUGCAGGCGGGCAGCCCAGCAGACGGGCAGGGCAUCCAGGAAGGCGAUGAGAUCUUGCAGGUGAAUGGCAUGCCGUUCCGGAAUCUGACCAGGGAAGAGGCUGUGGAGUUUCUGUUGGAGCUGCCACCGGGGGAGGACAUGGAGCUGGUGACACAGAGCAAGCAGGACAUUUUCAGGAAGAUGGUCCAGUCCCGAGUAGGUGACUCCUUCUACAUCCGCACACACUUUGAGCUGGAGCCAAGCCCGCCCUAUGGGCUGGGCUUCACCCGAGGUGAUGUCUUCCAUGUGGUGGACACGUUGUACCCAGGUUCGGGGCUGGGCCACAGUGGCCGUGGGGGCCUCUGGCUGGCAGCCCGCAUGGGCAGAGAUUUCCAAGAACAAGAACGUGGAGUCAUCCCCAAUCAGAGCAGGGCAGAGCAGCUGGCCAGCUUGGAGGCAGCACAGCGGGCUGCAGGUGUGGGUCCAGGUGCCCCCUCGGCCUCCAACCCAAGGGCAGAGUUCUGGAGACUCAGGGGUCUGCGCCGAGGGGCCAAGAAAAUGACACAGAGGAGCCGCGAGGACCUGUCGGCACUGACCAGGCAGGGACACUACCCGCCCUAUGAACGUGUGGUACUUCGAGAAGCCAGCUUCAAGCGCCCUGUGGUGAUCCUGGGGCCAGUGGCCGACAUUGCCAUGAAGAGGCUGACGGCAGAGAUGCCUGACCAGUUUGAAAUUGCCGAAAGCGUGUCCCGGGCUGACAACCCAUCCAAGAUCAUCAAACUGGACACUGUGCGGGUGAUCGCAGAGAGGGACAAGCACGCGCUCCUGGACGUUACGCCGUCAGCCAUUGAGCGGCUCAACUAUGUGCAGUACUACCCCAUCGUGGUCUUCUGCGCCCCUGAGAGCCGCCCUGCGCUCAAGGCCCUGCGAGAGUGGCUGGCUCCCGCCUCGCGCCGCAGCACCCGGCGCCUGUACGCGCAGGCGCAGAAACUACAGAAACACAGCGGGCACCUCUUCACGGCCACAGUCCCCCUGCACGGUACUGGUGACUCCUGGUACCAGGAGGUCAAGGCCGUGGUGCAGCAGCAGCAAGCGCGGCCCAUCUGGACAGCGGAGGACCAGCUGGACGGCUCGUCCGAGGACCUUGACCUACCGGGCCACAGCCUGGAUGCCAGCUCUGGAGACCUCAGCUGUGACAGUCGGGCCAACAGCGACUAUGAGGACACAGACGGCGUGUACACGGACGGCGAGGGCAGCGGGCCCCAGGACGCCGAUGAGGAACCCCAACUCCCAGCUCUGGCCCGGUCCUCGGAGCCGGCGUGGGAGGGGAUCACAGCCGAGUGGGACAUGCGGGCCGAAAGCUGCCGCCCCCAGGGCCAGUGGCGCCAGGACAGCAUGCGGACCUAUGAGCAUGAAACCCUGAGGAAGAAGUUCACGAGAGCCCGGGAUUUUGAGUCCUCUGAUGAUGAUGGUUAUGACUGGGGCCCAGCCACGGACCUGUGACCUGAGGUCACAAACCCUCCUUUCCUAGAGCAUAAAUUUACCCUGUAGGACCCGGAACCUUUGACCAUUUAAUAAACCUUUAUUUUUUUUU